AUGGCGCAAGCCGGGAAUGACUCGAUCAAGAGCUUGAAGCGGGUGGUGAACGCCAUUAGCCGUAAUGCUGGAACUCUUGUGGCAGUGCCUGCAGCGGCCGUCCUGGCGUACCGUUUGAACGAGCUCUGGAAGGCGGGGGAGCUGGAGCAGCUGCUGCGCACAUACCUGGACACACGCGUGAACGUCAGCCUGGUGCGCAAGGCUCGGCAGGCGUACAUCCGCGCACGCCGUCCUGUCGCGAUGCAGGCGGGGCAGGCGGCGCAGGCAGUUGCAGAUGCCAUUACAGUGGCCGUAGUGGCGGCCGUCGGCCUGCUGGCGGUGCUGCUGCUGCGCCUCCUUUUCCCCUCGGAGCGGCCGACCUACCUUGUCGAUUUCUCGGUUCAUAAGGGCCAAGAGGAGUGGAAGUUUCCGAAGGAGUGGUUCCUGCCCCACAGCGCGCGCGUGGGCAAGGGGCGGUUCACAGAGGACGACCUGGACUUCCAGGAGAAGAUCCUCAUGAGGUCUGGCCUGGGGGAUGAGACCUACAUUCCGCCGUGGCUGUACUCCAACCCGCCACACUAUGACAUGGAGCACGCCCGCAAGGAGUUUGAGGUGUGCUGCUUCAGCGCGGUGCGCGACCUGCUCAACAAGACGGGCGUGAGCCCCAAGCAGAUCGGGUUCGUCAUCACCAACUGCUCCCUGUUCAACCCGACGCCCUCGCUGAGCGCGACGAUCAUGCACCACUUUGGCAUGGGCGCGUCCACACUCAACUACAACCUUGGGGGCAUGGGCUGCAGCGCCGGCGUGGUGGCGAUCGACCUGGCGCGGCAGAUGCUGCAGAUUUACCCCAACAGCUACGCCCUGGUGGUGUCCCAUGAGAACCUGACCAGCAAUUGGUACCCUGGCAGCGACAGGUCCAUGCUGGUCCCCAACUGCAUCUUCCGCUCCAACGGCGCCGCCAUUCUACUGUCCAACCGCUCGAGCGAGUCAUGGUGA